AUGCACAGUGGGCUACUAAUGGUUGAAGGUGAGGAAGAGGCCUUGAAGAAGUCGCAAACUACUUACUUCAGGUUGUUACCAGAACGAGCGUACAAAGAAGGGUCAGCAAGCCAGAUUCACUUCCGUUUGGCCGAGUCCCAGUUCUAUAGACUCAUGACUGGUGACUGCGCUAAAAAAACCCGUGUCACAAAAGUGGAGUAUGUAGUGAGCCCACAUGUUGUCAAGAGAUUCAGGGAGUAUCAGAAAAAGUUGAAGAAGGAGAGAGGUGAAGAACUCUCCUACCCUGUCCUUGGCUUUCAUGGCACAAAUGAAAAAAACAUCAAAUCCAUCUGUGAGCAGGGCUUUAAAACACCAGGUGACUCUGGUUUUCAACAAAAGACAGAUGCUGGAUUUUUCGGUGCUGGGGUCUACUUCAGUGAGUAUCCGUCUUACUCCAUGUCCUACAUUCAAGGUGGCUCCAAGCUGAUGCUGUGUCAGGUGUUACCAGGCAAGGUCUAUGAAUGUCAGUCUAUGAUUGUGGGAGCAGCUUUGAUGAAAGGCUACGACUCUCAUAUGUCUCCUUGCAAGAAGGAAUUGAUCAUCUUCAACUCUGCAGCCAUCCUUCCUUGCUACAUUAUCUAUUUCCAGAACGCUAAAUCAGAUUUCAAGUAUGCUCCAUCAACAUCAAAGACAGCAAAACACGCCAGUGGGGACGUUACAUCAACAUCUGUCUCAAAAAUCUUUAAAGGCAUGAACUUUGCCUUGACUGGGAAACUGUCAGACACACAAGCACACCUGUUUGAUUUGAUUCAACAACAUGGAGGAAGCAAAGGAACAAAGGCCUGCUUUGACAUCUUGGUUGUCCCUGACGACAACAGUGAGCACACAUCGGCGAAAGUUCAACAAGCUAUGAAGAAAGCC